GAAUUUGGACAUUGCUGGUGCAUUCUUCUAGCAAGGGAUCAUUGGAGCUGGUAAAGGUACCAUACAGGGACAGCCAUUUGACGGUCGUAUUAUUAUUUUUGGUACAAUUAUAUAGAGUUAGAGAAGAAGAAGAAUAAUAAGAGUUUGAAUCUGAGGUGCAAUUGUAGAAUAUGGUGAGGUUCCUAAGCCCGCUUGAAACAACUAAAGUGCUUGAAAUCGAUGGUGAUGUUGAUGAAAUCCGUGGGACUAGUAUCAUCCCAAUAAUCAUCUCUGGCAACCUUAAGAAUGUGCUGUUCAGUGUUGAUACCGAGAACUCUGAACGUGUUGUUCAGCAUCUUGAUCUUUGGAACAUCAUUUUGAGGAUCCAGUUCAAACCCUGGUUGACCACAGUAAUCUGCUCUAUUCGCUCCCCAGCAAAGGUGAAAAGAAAGACCAAGAUCGAAGGAAGAGGGAUGGAAGAACAAGUGGAUUGCAUUUCUGAAGAAAUAGAGAGAGAUAUUAGGAAGGAAGUGGAACAAUGGAUAUGAAGUUAGUUGCGCUUCUUGUUGCAUUUAACAAGACUGCUACUUUAAUAAUCCUAAAUGAUUGGA